GCGGCUCAGGCACAGUGCUGCCCCUGUCCCUGCUCAAGACGGCGCAGAACCACCCCAUGCUGGUGGAGCUGAAGAACGGGGAGAUGUACAACGGGCACCUGGUGAGCUGCGACAACUGGAUGAACAUCAACCUGCGGGAGGUCAUCUGCACCUCCCGGGAUGGAGACAAGUUCUGGAGAAUGCCAGAGUGCUACAUUCGUGGCAGCACG